CAUUGACGUCACGUGACCGAACUCUUGCCCUGGCUGUACAGAGAUUACAGACAUGGCAACUAGCAGUGUGUUCAGGGCUGGACUCUUUAAUCAUAAAGUUGCAAUCGUUACAGGCGGUGGGACGGGUAUCGGAAAGGCUAUCACAUCUGAGCUGCUCUAUCUAGGUUGCAGUGUUGUCAUUGCGUCCCGGAAAAAGGAGCGAUUGGAAGCUUCUGCGAAGGAGUUAUCCAGCAGUAUUCCACCCUCGAAUCCAGCGAAAGUGACCCCCAUUCAGUGCAACAUCCGUCAUGAAGCAGAGGUGAGGAGUUUGGUGGCCUCUACUCUGGAGCUCCAUGGCAGGGUUGACUUCUUGAUAAACAAUGGGGGUGGGCAGUUUCCCAGUCCAGCUGAAUAUAUCAAUGCGAAGGGCUGGAAUGCAGUCAUGGACACCAACAUCAAUGGGACCUUCUACUGCUGCCGGGAGGUGUACAAUGCCUGGAUGAAGGAACAUGGAGGAGCCAUCGUGAAUAUUGUCGCUGAUAUGUGGAAAGGUUUUCCAGGCAUGUCCCAUACGGGAGCAGCCAGGGCGGCAGUAGACAACUUGACUAAGAGCCUGGCCAUCGAGUGGGCUGCCAGCGGGGUGAGGGUCAAUGCCGUGGCUCCGGGAACCAUAGUCUCCAAAACCGCUGUUGACAAUUACAAAGAAGUUGGAACUGAGCUUUUUAAGAAAGCCAUACCCCACAUCCCGGCAAAAAGACUUGGAGUACCAGAGGAGAUCGCUCCAGCGGUUUGUUUCCUGCUUUCUCCCGCUGCCUCCUAUAUCUCCGGUGAGACUCUGAAAGUGGACGCCGCACAGAGUCUGUACAGCUCCCCCUGGGAGGUACCUGAUCACAGUGCGUGGCCCCCUGCACCUGAAGGAGAGAACACAGAACUGCUGUUAAAAAUAAUGGAGAAGAAAGAGGACAAUUCCAAACCGGACGGAACAAAUGGAACGAAAGCCCGUCUCUGAUUGGUUGUCUGAGAAGCCGUUAAUCGCCUUGAACGAACCAUGUUUCCAAUGCUGAUAAUAAAACACAAUAUUGUGCUUUCAUGCGUCCUAA